GGAGGGCAGAGGGGGCCCGGCGGCUGAGGCGAUGCGGUACAACGAGCGGGAGCUGCUGGCGCUCUCCCGGCAGCCGGCCGAGAAGGCGGCCGAGAUCCUCAUGCGCGUGCCCAAGAAGGGGAGCGCAUCGAAGAAGCGUCUGGUGAAGCUGGUGGUCAACUUUCUCUUUUACUUCCGAACAGACGAGGCUGAGCCCAUUGGUGCUUUACUGCUAGAACAUUGCAAGAUCAACAGAGAAGAAGAACACGUCUUCUCUAUCAGUUUCGUCGAGGAACCAGAAAGGAAGUACUACUUUGAAUGCGAUUCGGAAGAACAGUGUCAGGAGUGGAUCGAGGUGCUUCGUCAGGCCAGUUAUGAGUUCAUGAGAAGCAGCCUGAUCUUCUAUCGGAACGAGAUCCAGAAGAUGACGGGAAAGGACCCCUUGGAACAGUACGGCAUCUCGGAAGAAGCCCGCUUUCAGCUGGGCACGCGGAAGCUGUAGCCUGAACAGGGGGCGCUCCGGAAUUGGCGUCUUCAGCCCACCGCCCCCCCACCGAUCUCCAGCGCUGGGGUCUCUACGCUACUCAAACGUCGACCGAGCGACUUCCCCUUUAAUUUUUGUGUUGUAACGAACUUGCGGGAGGAGCUUUAUAGCGUUCUUAUUUAAAGGGGAAAUCUUUUGUCCACACACGUACCCCUCCUCCUUCCCUCCCCCCCCUUCCUUGUGUCAUUAUCACUUUGACUGCUGCUGUUUCUGCCUCCCCAGCAGAAGUAACACUGGCGUCCUUAGUGCCCAGGGGCACUCAGUUUCAACCGUUGAUUUAAAGAAGUUGCGGUUGUCAAGUUGUCCCCGAACCACUUUUCCACACAGGAGAGUGUGUGUGUGUGUGUGUGUGUGUGUGUGUGUGUAACGUGAAAGCAAAGGAAGCUGAAACCGUUCUUGAAUGUUUGAAUCCUUUCUCAGCCCUCCUUCGAGUACGAGGCAACGCAAAGGAGGUUGCAGGAAGGGAUCAUUCCCAACCAGGAUCCUGAGAGAAAUUUAAGCGCUCCGCUGCGUCCCAAAUGCUCACCUCGAGAGGGCCGCUUGCCACAGUGCUGUAGACUCCUACCAGUCAGCUGCUGGGGGUGGGUGGGGGCGGAACGGCCAUCUCCCCACGAUGCGAUCACACCCCAACGCAGAGACGUGAAGCGGGACGGCCUGCCCUCUGUAUGAGUCACCGCACUCCGUCACGACGCCUCCCCAGCUCCGUGAUUUCUCCCCGAAACAGAAGCAGUGGGCGAUUCUUACCUGCUCUACAAAUUCACCUUUUCAGGUGUAAAUGUUCGGAUUUUAAUCCCGCAAAAAAGAAGUGCGUGGUUAGCUGCCCCAGCGUGGGGAAACACGGCACUUCUACAACAGCUGGAUCAGAGAACAUGUAAGCGUUUUUGGGGGGGGGGGUGUUUUUAUGAAUAACAAACCAGCAGGUCGGAGUCACAGUCUGAUAAAGCUUUUACUCCACACCCCCAUGUCCUUUGUAAGAUGGUAUGUACAGGAUCGGAUCUGUGUUUUAUCAUGUCUUGUUGGCAACCUUCAUGGUGCGGUGGCCGGCUAGGCUGCAACUCCCAGCAUUCCCACGUACCACGGCCAUUGGCACCAGUUACGGUAGCUGUUCUAAGCACCCAAGAAAAAGCACGGCCGAAUCAACAAGCGUCCGAGUCCUGCGCAGUUCUUCCCUGAAGUUGCGGCUUCUCCCUACCGAGAAAUUCGUCGAAGCGUUUUGCUCCGGCCUUGCUCUGCCUCCCUGGAUUUCUCCCUCUUCCUGCCCAACUUUUGGACCUGGCAGCUGAAUGUACCUUUUAAACAUGCUGUGAAAUUUCUAGGGGCGUUCUUGAAAGCUUACUGAACUGCUUAAGAUUGGGGGGGGGGGGGGAAUGUGGGAAACACCCAUCAAAAAGAGUGGCGUUGGCUAUUUAGAACCGUUUUGGAGGGUUUCAAAGUUCAAGGUUUUACCAGUUUACAUCCAAAAACCUUUCUUCUCCGCCCACCUUACUGGAAAACCGAGUGGCCAAUUCCACGUUUUUGUACCUUGAAAUAGACAUGACCUUCUCACUGAAA